AUGAGUGAUGCUAAGGAACAGAGUAAUGUCGUAUGCUUCAUAUGUUUAUUAAAGUUAUUAAUUGUUAAUAUAUUUAUAAAAUAUAUUGUUUUGAGUGUAUAUUUAGAUCACAUAAACAAUAAUAAAGCUACGUUGAAGCCAGAAAUAUGCUGCAAAUAUUUCUAUUACAAGUUAAAAAAAUUAUUACUGAAAAGCAAUAAUUGUAACUGUGGAGAAACUUAUGACUGUUAUAAAGAAAUGACACAACUAGAAAAAGAUAAUAUUGAUACCAAAAUACUUGAUAUAUGUAUAAACUAUUCUAUAAAUAUUGAUGAAAAUACAUUUAAAAUAUUUGAUAAACUUGAUGAACUAGUUAAGAGUUAUAAUAAAUUUUAUUAUGGUCAUAAAAAUUAUUCCGAUCUUAAAGCAUUUAUAGCCCAUAUGAAAUACGUAGAAGGAUGUGAAUUUUAUAAUAGUGAGAGUAUUAAAAUAUUGUUGAAAAAUUAUGAUGAUCUUUUUAAAACAUAUGUGAAUACAUUACCAAAAAAUGAUCCUAAAUAUCAUUAUCUCACUAAGGAUGGAUACAUUAAUGGAGUAUUGAAUGUAGUAUCAGGAACGAAAGAAAAACUAGCGGUCACAGAAGGACAAAAAUAUUUUGCUUCAGUUACAGAAACACAUACGGAUUUUGCUGCAGGUAGUGGUGGAGGUAUAUGUUUUUUAUUUUUUGUAAUAUUAGUUAUUGUAUUCAUUUUGUAUAAGUAUACCCCUUAUUUUUUAUUUUUACAACCAUGGGUAAGGAGGUUAAGAAAAAAAUUAAAAAAAAAUUACAAAAAUAAUCUGUGUCUCAUGGACACAUGUGAAUUUGAAUACAAAAAUUCAGUUGAUAAUAGGUAUAAAACAGCAUAUAAUUAA